CAAGAAAACAAGGAAUUGAAACUACAAAAUAAGCCUUUGUUUCGUUUUCUGUUGCUCCACCACGUAUAUGUGACUCCUUUAUCCUUCGGUUUUAUUAGAUAAAGGUUUUCAGCUAUGGGUGACUCUUCUCCACACCCCUUGGUUUUGAUCGGUAUGGGCACUAGCAUUGCCUUCUCCGGUUUGUUUUAUAACCUCUAUCGGGGAAAGAAGGAGGAGAUAAAACUGCUCAAGAAAAUCCCAGUUUUCAAACCUGAUGACCAUUUACUUAAAGUGCUGAACGCAUCUUCGCACAAACGACUCCAGUAUGUUGCUGUUGAAGGCGUUGUUCAGGCUGAUGGGGAGGUGCUGCAAAGCAAAUUUGUCCCUCGUUGCCAUGGUGUGAUUCAGAAGGUUGUAGUGGAAGAGCACUGGAAAUACUGGAGCCAUGUCACCAGGACUUGGAACUCCCGGACGAUCAACAAGAACGAGACCAACAACUCCGUCCCCUUCAGUUUAGUCCAGCCUGGUUCUUACAUCGCCGACGUUCACGUGAAGGUGCAGAACCCCCUGGAGGCCUCAGGGUGCUACAUGGAGAGGGUUUACUCCAAAGUGAGACGCUCUCAGGAGGGUCUGGCGGAGAUGGUGGCGCAGGGUCUGAGUGGCGAGAAACCCGCGGCCAUGGUGGAGAGCGAACAGAUGCUGCGUGUGGGAAGCAGCCUGACGGGGUUCGGAGAGGUGGUGCUGGAGGGAGGGCGGGUGGUCAGUCUGCGGGCCCCGCAGGACGGACGCAGCUACAUCCUGCUGCCCAGUGACUACAGGAGUUUCAUGGACAGACAUGAGGCUUCGGCCAGCAUGUGGAAGACGCUGACGGCUGUGACCGGCCUCACCGCGGCUUCUCUGUUCGCCGCCGUCUUGUACAAAGCGUUCGGAAAACCGGACGACAGAUCCAGAUAGGCGCAGACCUGCUGGUUUAAAGCUGUGCCUAAAGUUUUCAC